AUGGCGGUUCGGCGGGCAGCCUGCGGCUACGAGCUGGGGCUGGAUGAGUUCACUGUCCCUGCAGAGAAGAGCUGCUUCCUGGAGGGGAGCCGGGGCCGUAUCGAGCGCUUGUUCGAGGUGCAGCUGGCCGUGCUGGGGGCGCAGGGGGACCAGCGCAUCUGGGUGCAGCUGGCGGGCGGCGGGAAGGCCGUGCGCAGCGCCAAGGAGUAUAUUAAGGGACUCUGUGAACCUGAACUAGAAGAUAAGGAGUACUACCCAAAGGACAUGCACUGCAUCUUUGUUGGUGCACGGAGCCUGUUUCUCAACUGUCUUAUUCAGGAUACCUGUGCUGAUAUAACAGUGCUGGAAAUAGGAUUGCUCAGUAUUAAAGGGGGUGCAGAAGCUGUUGUUAUGGCUCAAAGUCAUGUUCAGCAGUUUGUGAACCUUUUUGAGAAUAAUGAAAGCUUAUUAAGUGACAAUGAAUCAGAGAUUAAAAAGCAGUUCAGACAAUUUGUGGAAGCACAUGCAGAUAAAUAUACAAUGGAUUUACUGAUUUUGCCUAGCUCCCUAAAAAGAGAACUCCUAGCUCUGGCACAAACUGAAUGCUUUGAAGUGCAGAGUGAUAUCAUAGAUCUGACAGGUUCUGAAAGCCAGAUGGAGCUUUUGCAUAAUGAAGCCUUCAAUGUAAUCACUACAAACAGAGAUGGAAGAGCAGAUGGUGAGGAAGCAAGAAACAACGCUGGGACACCUGUAACUGAGCUUACAAAGCAAAUGGACACUGUGUUUUCUGAUGCUCCUGAAACAGGUUUUGUUCCCAUAAAUGUGCCUCUGUUAGAGACAGUGGUGUCUGAAGAAAGGCAGUCAUAUAAAAGAAGAUCUUCUGAUGAUGAGGAAAGGCUCCCUAAAAAGCAGUUCUCUUUGGAAAAUGAUCAGGAAGUGAAAUCUUCACACAUUAAUCCUUCAGAUGGUGAUGCAGUUAUUGAUCUGCUUUCAAAUAGCUGCAGUGAAUCAGAUAAUUCCAGUUAUUGCCUUAAAGAAGGUGACGAUAUCAGUGAAGAAAUGGAAUAUAAAAUUCUUGUGAACUUUUUCAGAACAAUGGGAUAUUCCCAAAAUAUUGUAGAAAAAGUUAUUGGUAUCCUAGGACAAUCUGUGGAGCCAUUAACAUUGCUAGAAGAAAUUGAAAAGGAAAACUUAAAAUUUCAAAAAGAACACGAACAGUCAUCUCAAAUGCCUAGAACUCUCAAUCCUCCUUUAAGAAGUAAUGCAAAUAACUCGCAAAAGCUAGAAGACAAAGGCAUUUCUAGCAAUAAAAACCCACUUAAAUCCAGUCAUACUUCAAAGGAGACAAAAAAUGAAUAUCACAAAGUAAGAAAUUCACCAAGCAUGCAAGUUGAUGCAGAAGAUGAAAUGCAUAUGUUAGUAUGUAAACCUGUUUCUCCCUCCAGUAAAAAUUCAGCUGUAUGCUAUAAACAAAGAGACAUUUAUUUCCCUGGUAAGAAUUACAGUUCAAGAUCAAGUGAUAUAGAAACUGAUGGUGGUGUAACUUUUGGCACUAUACAAGCUGGAGCUCUAGAAGAUGUUGAUUUUGUAGUCAGAGGGAGCUCAGAUAUGCAGCAUAUCUCAACUAAGACUAAAACUACAGUUCAGCAAAAAACUGCAGGGCCCUCAACUGUACAGAAUAGUCAUCCUGGUUUUGAGGACCAAUUAGGACACUGCAGCUCUUCUUCUCAAGGGAGAUCUAACCAACGCCAUUCCCAAACCUCAAAUUCUGAAAAUCCUAUCCCAGACCAGGUAUUGCCUUCACAAAUGCAUCCUUCAAAUCCUGAUAGAGAGACAGUGGGACCACAGAGACAUCAUCUUGGUCCUUCCGUUACUGGAGUUCAGAGAUUUUUGGAUGCUCUGAAAAAGCCAUACAGACUGGAGUUGAAAAAUGAACCUGGGAAACCAUAUUUAAGACAUAUAAUUAUUGAUGGAAGCAAUGUUGCAAUUACUCAUGGUCUAAGGAAAUUCUUCUCCUGUCGAGGAAUUGCAAUAGCUGUUGACUACUUUUGGAAACGUGGCCACAGAAAUAUUACUGUGUUUGUUCCACAGUGGAGAACAAGACGUGAUCCUUACAUUACAGAGCAGGAUUUCUUAACACAGCUCCAGGAUGUUGGAAUAUUGUCUUUAACCCCUGCAAGGGUGGUUUUAGGAGCAAGAAUUGCUGCUCAUGACGACAGGUUUUUAUUACACCUUGCUGAUAAAACUGGAGGUGUUAUUGUGACUAACGAUAACUUCAGAGAAUUUGUGACAGAAUCAAUUGCCUGGAGAGAAAUUAUUCAAAGGAGGUUGCUCCAGUACACUUUUGCUGGUGACAUAUUUAUGGUUCCUGAUGAUCCUUUGGGAAGAAAUGGACCUAGAUUAGAUGACUUCCUUCGAAAUGAAGGCUGUUCUAGAGAUUUCCAGUCAGCACAAAAGGCUUUACAGAGCAGUGGACAAUAUUCUUCUGAGACACCUUUCUUCAUACCAGUCCCCAGACCAACCAUUAACAGUCAACAACCUAAAAACAGAGUACAUGAUGAUCGUGCAUCAACAUGGCUUCUGCUGGAAACAAACAUAGAGGACUGCCUAGGCAUUCCACCACAGCGAUCUGACUCAGAAACAGUACACCUAAGAGAAGCCCUGAUGAUAAUUUUUCCUGAUUAUGAGCAAAGACAGAAAAUUGAUCAAAUACUAGCUGAUCAUCCAUUCAUGAGAGAUCUUAAUGCACUGUCUGCCAUGGUGCUUGACUGAAUAUUAUACAGGGGUUUUAUAUCACAACUGAUCUGACUAACUUUGAAUAUCAAUGUGAAGAAAAAUGUUGCUCUGUUAAUGUUACUUUGAUUAUUCAAAACCUAAUUUUCUUUGUAUAAACAAAGAUAAUUUUGUGUAUGUUCUGUUGCUAAUAGAUGCCUUUUUUUGUAAAUUAAGAACUGCUGCAACUACA